AUGGCGGGCUAUCAACGGCACGAGGAUCUUUCGUCAUCCUCUGUCACUUCUAUUACCAUGGUUUCGGUGCCUGACCUGGUGUCCCAAUCUGAUCCGCUCUUCCCAGCCGUGCGGAUUCCCGCUCUCCAGCCCGAUCCAUCAUGCGAUCCAUCGCAUCAGGCAGAUCCUGCCUCAAUAGCUCUUCCUCCAUCGCCUUGCUUGUCGCCGCCGGCGACCAUGUCUGUCCCCAUCGCUUCGUCUGCGCCCGCGGAUCCGAACGUGGGGCAAGGUGAGUUCGAUGGCUCGGCCCGUUCCAGUCCCAAGUUAUUGGCCAAAUCUUCCGGACACAAGCCCGCGCUUCCAUCCAUGGUUCCCACGAUGCCUAUUUUCCCCAAGGAUGAUGCUGGUCUCCAGGUUUCGUUUGAGGAUUUUGCCACCCGGUAUCGCCAGAGCCAGCGCAAGCAGGCCCAAAGAAAGCGACUAGAGGAACGCCUGCGUGCAACCAAGGUAUCCAUUGGUGUCUCUGCGCGCAUGAUCCGUGUCGGCAACGCGGUCCAACGGGGUCUUGUCGAAGCUCUCAAGCACGAUGAUAAGAUUAAUUUCGUGGCCAUCUAUCAUAUGAUGUAUGACCUUCAGGAUUCCUGUGCACAGAGUGCCCGCUGCGACGAGCAUCAGGAUCUCCCAAACGACCAGGAACAGCCCUCGGACCGCGAAUUGGAUCGCUCUUCUGAUUUCUUUAAUCAGCUUAGUCCCCAAUCCCGGGCAGACUUGCUGGAAAUUUUGCGACUGGUUCGCUCUGACCCACAGUUUUUGGUUGAUCGUCUUCGCAGCUUUACCUCUGCUCAAUUGACCGCGCUCACUUCACCGUCCACUACCUUGGAAUCUGGAGAUCCUGCGUUUCCCUCAUCCCGUUCUCGGAGCCAAUAUGCCUUUAGUCGAAACCCGGUCCAGUCUACCUCGUUUAAGGACCAUGCGUAUGCCUUUGAAAGGACUGACCCUCUGUCAAUCUUGCUUUGUAACGUUUUUGCCGCGCCACUGGAGCACGAGACGCCCGAGGCCAGACUACGCCUGGAUGUGUGGUCAACUGUCUGCGCCCAACUAAUGUCCCACGGCAGCAGUAAAUUCUACCCCCUGAUUGGCCAAAUUCUUUCUUCCUGGUCCACUGGCAGCAAUUGGAAAGCUCGUCCCAAAUUUGAACUCUACCUCAUGGAUAUCUUGCAAACUGGUGCAUUUCUUUUGGAGCACAUAGAAACCCCUGCCGGAUUGGGCUCUGCCGCCGAGGCUCUGGACCCUUUGCGAACGGAUGCUGCUGAAGAGUUCUUUGCUUCCGCUGUUGAUGAUCUCUUCCGAGUGCUCGAUGAUGCAGAUGGUGGUUUCCCUCGUGCAGUCCUGCAAUUUGCCAAGGCCGUCCUACAAAAACUGGAAACUCUUGACAGCCGCAGCCGUUUUCUUGAGUAUUUGUUUGUCCAGUGGUUCUUCCCGAAAUUUCUCUACAGCACAUUGACGUAUCCUGAGACACACGGGCUGCUACUGGACUUUCAUAUUCGAAAAGAUGCUCGUGAGAAGUUGCUCGGCCAGGUCGGGCUGCGGGCCUAUUCUCAAGUCUUCGCUGUUUUGCGGUCCAUGCAUCAUUAUUCGAUUCUGAGACCGUCUAUCAAACAGCAUGUUGACAAUAUGCUCGCUCGCUUCCAGUCUACGGUUCCCUCUGAACCGUACACGGCUGAGCUAUCUGCACAGGCCGAGAGUGCACCUCGCCGUGACUCUUCCUCGACAUUUCUCUUACUAUCUGCGACUGAUGUACUUACUUUACUAGACGCUCUUUUCCCACAGACUUGUUCAUCACUUCAUUCUUCGCCUGUCUGCGCUUCAGUCCCAUCUUGGUCAUCCAACCUCUCGCCAACAAAUAGCCUCCGUCAUGAGCCUUUGUUUGAGCCUGGAUUCUUCCGGUCAACCUAUGAGACGCUCCCUCGACCGACAUCGCAGAAUGGUUCCAUUUUCUCGAUGGAUUCAUCUUUCUCCCUUCCUGAGAAUGGCCUGAGUCAAACUGCUGCUCGGAUUCGAUUUGAAUUGACAGAUUUAGACGAGCCGACUGAGCGAGCCCGAUUGGAGCACCCAUCUGUGGAACAUUGGACAAUAUUUUCCGUUGCGCAAGAUGGCCUUGCACUAACCUGGAGUUUACUUCCGGACUAUGGAGGCGAGCUGUCUCGGCAAUCCGCAGUCGAAAGUGAUGACGAUACUCAUUCCACCAACUUAGGCCUAGAAGAAAAUCAUGAGGCCCUGCAAACUGCCAUCAUUCGUCUCGUUAGAGAAAACCACGUCUACGAUUCGGAAUAUUGCGAUCGACAAUCACCCGCUGUAACAUUGAAGCAAAGAUUUAAUCAAGCGAUGUCUGCUUCACACAACUAUUCAGACUUUGUCGGCGCGCACUACUGGUGGAAUGCUUCACGACAGCUUCGACAAGGAAUGGAUUCAUCACAGGCUGCGGGGGAUUCGUGGAUUCUAGGUCCAAUGCAUAACUCAUGUGCUCGCUCUUUGAGCAAAUCACGAACUAUCAUUGAACGUUGCGAAAGUGAUUUUGUCUCCUUGGACCAGAGUCUACGCCAAUUACAAAGUCGAGUCAAGCAGAUGAUGACCACAAUUACCAAGAUCCGCAACAAAAUGUGGUACAUGACCGACGUCAAGAACUCCAUGCGGUAUGAAGAAGCCAGACAUGUCGCCAUGGCUCUCAAAACGAUGAUAUACUCGGCCAGGCCGUAUACCGAGGUGCCUGAGGACACCCGUUCUCGUAGUGGAGCCCGGUCCCUUGGGGGUUCAUUGUUUCAAAAACCCGAGUUACAAGUUAUGAACAUGAUGAAGGCGCCCAGCAGCCAAGGUGGCCCGAAGAAACUCUCCGAUGAGCAAGUUGAGCUGACUCGAAAGUGGCUGGCCCACAACGGGAUCGAGAACUUCUGCAAGGGCGAAGAGCGCAUUCAUCGAUUUUGCUAUGAAGUUCGCACUAGCAUCACUCGGCUUGUUGGUGAAACAAUGUCCGAAACGCCUGUUCUGUGGGCUAGCGAGCUAUUCCAAAGAGAAAGGCUGAGAUAUGAGGGCUAUGGCUCCCGUGGUUUUCCUGGGUUCUCUUUGCCUACUACACCGAGACCUUCGACAACUGCCAGCGAAGACCCGACACAAUCCCAACUCCAUGGACUCAAUAUACCCUUACCCGACUCACUCUCUCGACUGUCUCAAGAUCUUCCAUCACUUGGUCGCAAGUCGUCCAUUCAAAGCCUGAUAUCAGACAAAUACAGGGCACCGCGAGAUGUACCAUCCGCUGACAUGUCUUCAAUUGGAGGCUCACCUGGCCGUGCGGCCUCCACAUCAACCGGCGAUACAUCAAGCACAUUUUGGUCUGUACCGCAACGACAUCCUAUGUAUGCAGCAAGUGUGUCGAGUGUCUAUUCUCGGCCCCCAUCCAUGUUCAGUGAGACUGCCACAAGACAGCCCCAUCGGCCCGAGCGCAAGACACAUGGCAAAGCUGCGUUCAUGGAUGAUCUACGGCAAACGCUCACUAGUCUGCUCUUGAGUGAUCUUGGAUCUCCCGUAUGGAGCUGUGGCAGCGAGACCGACGCCUGGUUCACAAAUGCCCUUGAACAACCACGCAUUCGCGUCCAGAUGCAGAGACGUGCUGCAAUUGACAAAUUCUAUGCGGAAUAUGAUGCACGGUCCAAACAUCUUCGUGAGAAUCGACCGCCGAGGGGUCGUCGGAGUAGGUCUCUUGAUGGCUCUCACCAAUCCAAGCGUAAGAGCCCCAGGACCGAUACCUUGAAUGCGGAGGACGUACAAUUCCAAUCUGACGAUCAAUCGUCGUUCUCUUACAAAUCAAUCUUUCACCAACUUAUCGAGGUAUUUUCGCGUCAUGGAAACCCUUUUAUUAAGUUAAAUGCCCUGCGAGACCUCCGGUCACUCGUGGUGGCAUCCCUGAAUUCACCCCACGACCAAAUCUCAUCGGCAAGCGCUGCCAACCCAUCGUCUACGCCAGCUGAGGGUGCGAGGAUGCGAAAUAGCGUCUCUCUCCCACGCCAGCGAAGUAUCCGCCAUAGUUUCUCCGAGUGCCAUGCGACCAGGGCGAACCAGAUGAACACUAAUCUACCUAUGCCCUCUCCUCCACAGUCUGUGACUUGUGGCUCGCGGCGGUCCGAAUAUGCGACCCCAUCAGAAAAUCAGAUCGUGGCGGCUCUUCGUGAUUUGAUUUUGGAAGUGAAGCCUAAGACUCUGUUCCGCGAUCUCCAAUUCAUCUCUGCAUUUGUUCCCGGAGACCAGCUGAGCAAGACUGACCGUGGCACGGCCUUCCUUCAAUUUGGAUUAGCUGCACUGAGUCUCAAAGACGAGGUUUGCCUCAGCAUGAUCGAUAUUGCCGACCGAAUCGUCUCCCAGGAGCUCAUGCGACGGCAUCCGCUUCCUGGAUCUGAUUUCUAUCCGCGACCGGGUCAUGCCAUAGAGGAUGCGGCGGCGAUGUGGAUCAUCACCGCCAAAGAGGGCAACCCUGUAGCACAGCGUGAGCUCGCCAUACUCUACCUCACUCACCCUGAACUCCUUCCGCGCGUUACCCUUCCACUGACCCGACCGCGGGAUACUUUCAAGGCGGAGAUGAUGUAUCGCCGUGGUAAGGACUCCAAGUCGGAUCCGCAAAGUAUGUGUCUGGCACUGCACUGGAUGCAGCUGUCCGCGAGUGGAGGUGAUCUUCUUGCACGCAAUCGUCUCCGUGAGCGCGAGGAAUUCGACUCUAUUGCAUGA